UAGAGCCGCGGUUUCCUGUGUUUUUAGGGAGAGGCUGUCAGCUGCUGCCCACGGCGCACCGAACACUUCUCCACUUCAACGUAAAUAUUCACUCCGAACUACGAGAAAAACAACUCACAAAGACAGAAAACUACUCCGGGGCAACAAUAGAGCUUUCGGAAACCCCGCUUUUAGCUUUUACCUCGCCGGAAAACCAACAAAAGGAUCCCUCGGACGUCGUCAUGUUCUCUGGAGCCGUCACAAGUUCACCCGUAAAACGCAAACUCAGGAGCGACUUCAUGCACGGUCCUGAUGAGUCCUUCCUGUCCCCGGACUCGUCGUACCUGCUGGACACGUCGGACAGCGCCCCCUGCUGCUGUCGCCGCUCCCCGCGCCUCCUCACCAACGGAUACUACGACGUGACGCAGGGCAGCUUCACCUGGGACGAGCACGGCAACGUCUCCCUGGCGACCGGCAAGACCAGCGUGUGCUACAAGGAGAACCUGGUCCGGGUGUUCAGGCGCAGGCGGCGUCCUCACAGCGCCCUCGUCAGUCUGCUCCACGACGUCAAAGACAACUGUCAGUCAUGGCUCGACCAGAAGGUGUUCGGGGGAAUGUUCAGGACCAACCACUGCCAAGAUCUCAGCCAGGAUCUGAGCCAGGACCUGAGUCUGGACCAGAGCUUAGACCAGAGUCCCAUCCGGAGCAGAGACAGACCCCACUGGGACCUAGACCAAACCCAAGACCAAGACCAGGACCUGGACUGGAGCAGGACCGACGAGUCUCUGUGGACCAGACUCAACAGCACCGAACUGGAGGAAAAGAGGGACUUUAUAUACGACCCCACUGAAGCUCCGCCCCCUCCAAACAAACAACCACUGAUCCAGGAAGAGACCUGCCCUGACACCUGUCAAUCACAGGACGCCUUCAGCCAAUCCGUGGGCGGUUUGUCCGAGGUCCCGCCCUCCUUGUUCUCAAAGAGCUGCCGCUGUCCGAGCUCCGAGCAGAAAACAGGUUUGACUCUGAGGGGCUUCCUGCUCUUCAUCUUCACACUCUUCAUCACGGCGGCUCUGUACUCAGGGUGUCUGUGGUGGAGCUCGGCGGUGACCUCGGCUCUCUUCCUCACAGUCUCCACAUUCAUGAUCGUGACAAAGUCUGGUCCCAUGGGCGAGUGGAGGAAGGCCAAGACUGAGGACAUCACCUCAAGGAACGAGUAAAGGGUGAGACGAGUCCACUCCAAAGUCCACGUCCUCCUGUCCUCUCCCAACGUCCACUUUGAGACGACCCUGAUACAUGUCCACGUGUCUGUCCACUCCAAAAUGUCCACAUCCUCCGGUCGUCCUCUCCAAAUGUGAAUGAGAAAUGAGAAGAUUUGUAAGACGAUGUGGAGGACCCGGCUCAACCCUUCGGUGCCAAACGGAGGACGCAGUUUGGACUCUGAAACUGGACUAGAUUUAAAGGUUGUAUAGAGGAUUUACCAAGGAACGAGGAAUACAGCUCCCUAAGCAGAAACGCCUCCUCCCGCCUCGUCCUUACGCCAGAAAUCGUGCUCGUUUACGACCGGCGCGCUUUCAGAAUCUCAGAACGAAUCGCUCUUGAAGUGACCUUUCCAGUCAUCAUUUAGGAACCAAAGCGUCAGUCUUUAGACCCAUCGUCUGCUUCAGUCGCGCCGUCGCUGGAAGGAAUCGCCCAGAAUCACCUUAGGUUGUCUUCGCUCCUUUUCCCCUUCUCUUCUUCUUUCAGUGACCUCAAAAACGGACUUUCUUUUUCAUCUGCCAUCGUAACAAACUUUGCGCGACAGUUCGAAAAAGCCGCUAAGGACCGCUGCGUUGGUCGAGUAAAAAGCGUCUUGCGUACUGUAUUUUCGGGACUAUAAUUCAUUCCGGAGUAUAAGUCACACCAGCCAAAAAAAACAUAUACAAGUCGCACUGUUUGGGGUUAAUUUAGUUCGAAAAAUACAGUAUGUGGAAUGCACGAGAGACGGUUGAUGUUUAUUUGGCCCCAACACGUCCACGGUUGGAUUUUCAUUCUUUUUUUUUUGGUCGUCAUAAUCACAAGGCUGCUGCGUCUAUAUAAAGCUAUUUUGAACUUAAAAAUCCUCCAUACAACCUUUAAAUGUCUCACUCUAUUUGAUAAUAUUCAGGUCAGUGUAGGAUCCCUGCUUUACUUUUUUGACCCAGACCUGUCGCUACAGUUUUGAUCGUACGUUUGUGUUUAUCGAGGCAGCUGAUCGACGAGGUGGAGGUGAUUUCCGUAGCAGCCUUAGACUCGUGUUACAAAAUGAUCAUGUGGCUUUUUAGUUAGGUCCAUCAGGGAACCUAGAACCAAGCUUUUAAGAACAGAAUCAUAUCUUUAUCUUUGUGACUUUGUGGAUUUUUUAUACCUGAAAAUAAUGGAUGUUAGUGAUGGGCGAUACCAGUGACUUUUGUUUCAAUACAAUACAAAAUAAUACUAUGACAAAUAUUUCAAUAUCGAUCCAGUGCUGAUACCGAUGAGUUUGAAUCUUUUAUAUUACUACAAGGGGUGGGACGAGAUGCAAUUUUCACAAGACGAGAAGCACCACAAGAUUUGAUCCACAAGAACAAGACAAGAUGAGAUUUUGACAUUAUUUGUAUUAAACAAGCAACACUUUAGUCCAGCUCAGUUUUUUUUUGUCAUCAAAAAAAUAAAAUAAAAUAAUCUAGGUCAUUUUGUUUCGUUCACAAUCAUUUUGAGCCCCUCUCCAGAGCGAAAAAUACUUGACACCACUGUAUGAUGUCAUCAGGUGGUAAUCGUUAUUACAUUUUUUGGACACUGAGGAGUGCUUCAAAUUGGGCCAAAAACGAUAUUUGUGCACCAUUACAAGGUGUUUACUGUUUAGUCAGUUGAACACUGAAAUUAUCACCUUUUAUUUAAAACCUGAAUAUUGAAAUAUUGAUCUAUUCAUUCAAGGAACAUCUGUGUCUCUGUUGUUUGUCUUUUCAACAUGUAACUCUCGAACUGCUCAUCUGACUGACCCCCACGGGGAAGUGUAGCCAGCAACAACUUCUGAAGUUAUCGGCUAUUUUCUUCCAUCCCACGAUGCGAGGCCUCUUUUUGGAGCCAUUGGGUCCUUAAGACUCACUGUCCAGCUCACUGUUCAGCUUUAUCUCGACUGACCUCAAGAGCAAGAGCCUCAAGGGCAAGGGGAGAGAGAGCUUUGAAGGCAACCUGCUCUCCUACAGAGAGCAAGAGAGCUGUGGCUCCCCUGCAAAACUGACCAAGGCGGUGAAGGUUGCCUCAAUCUUCACCUCAACCUGCUUUGCAACCGCUUUGGUCAGUUUUGCAAGAGAGCUACAGCUGCUUUUCCUCAAGCCAGAUGCUCUGAAGUCUCAUAUGCUCCUUUUCUAAUGACUGCCACCUGUCCAGUAUAUUCCGCAUUUUUCUAUCGCACACGUCCAUGUUGUUGUCCAUGUUGUUGUCGUCCUUGGAUUAUUCAGGGUGAUUGAUGUGAAAUAACCUCCUAGUUACACCAAAGCACAACAGUGUGUAAGCGCAGCAGCACAGCACACGAGCAAAACACACUCAGGUUUGGCUUUCCAUUUUAACCGUUCAGACAAUCUACACCAGCAGUGUCAUACGCGAGUCUAAUAACUAUCAUCAUGACUUUGUUUAAGAGUUACGCAUGGAACAGACAAACAGAGACACAGACAGAUGUUCCUUGAAUUAAUAGAUAAGUAGUGCAAUUCAUUUCAGAAUUUUGAAUAUUCGUAUUUAUUUUAUGUAAUACUUUAGCGGCCGCUGUAGUACUGUUUUUUUUUUUGUUUUUUGUUUUUUGUUUUUUUUUGGAAAUACAUCUUCUCAAAUUGUACUCAAAAGCUCUUGAUUCAGUUUUUCCAAGCCGAAGGUAAAUUCAGGGGGAAAAAAAUCUCACAAAAUCAUUUUUCUCGUGCGUGUCUAAUCUUGUGGCAAUUUUGUCUUGCGAGAUCUUUCGGCAAAUAUAAAAUAUGGCAUAAAAAGGCCAGUACAAUUUGUUUACAAUUUUUCAAUAUUAAUAUUUUUCAAUACCUCAGUUAGUAUUGAUAUUCUGGUAUCGAUCCUCCCAUCACUAAUGAACAUGGUUUAGUUCUUGUAUCGAGACUGUGCAUGGUAAUACAAGACGGACAUGUAAAUAGGCUAUGCUGGAUUUUAGCCUAUCCAUGGGUUUCGACGAUGUGGAAAUGUGACUGUUGCCAUAGCAAUAACUUUGAAUUUAUAAAAGCAAAAUAAAAUGCGUCUUUUAAAUUAUAUAGAAGUCCUCAAAAUGGAGUCACAACAGAAACCCAUCAAUAGGGCAGAAUCCCGUCCGCCGUACUCAGGUGGGUGAAGUGUCUUGCUCAAGUACAAGCGGUGGCUCAGACGGUCGAGUGUUUGACCUGUGACUGGAAGGUUUGUGCUUGUAAAAACCCACUCUAACCAGUUCUGUUGUUGGGUUUAAGAUGAAUCGUGUACUAAACAGUGUCGUGGCUGGAGUGUGGAGAGAUUGUGGUGUCGGUGUUGUGAUUAUGUUGUGUCAAAAUGAGCUCAGACCAAACCAGCGUGUGUUUGAAUCAUGUACCGUAUUUUCCGCACCAUAGAGCGCACUCAAAAGCCUCCAACGCCAUCAAAAAACUACUGAGCGCCCCAUAAGCCAGAGCGCCCUAUACACAAAUCCACUCAGGUGUCCCAGCAUGACUUCAGUAAACUACAAAGCCACACCACCCGCAGCGCACGCAAACACACACGGAGCAGACAGCGACCGUGUAGCGAAAAACAUGUCUGUCCACUCCAAAAUGUCCACAUCCUCCUGUCCUCCUCUCCAAAUGCGAAUGAGAAAUGAGAAGGUUUGUAAGGCGAUGUGGAGGACUUGGCUCAACCCUUCAGUGCCAAACGGAGGACGCUGUUUGGACUCUGAAACCGGACUAGAUUUAAAAGUUGUAUAGAAGAUUUACCAAGGAAAGAGAAAUACAGCUCCAUAAGUUGAAACGCCUCCUCCCGCCUCGUCCUUACGCCAGAAAUCGUGCUUCUUUACAGCCGGCGCGCUUUCAGAAUCGCAGAAAGAAUCGCUCCUGAAGUGACCUGUCCAGAAGUAAUUUAGGAACCAACGCGUUAGACUUUAGAUCCUCCAUCGCUGUGUUUGAUUCAUGUACCGUAUUUUCCGGGCUAUAGGGCGCACUCAAAAGCCUCCAACCCCAUCAAAAAACGAUUGCGUGCCCCGCAAUCCAGAGCGCCCUAUACACGAAUCCGCUCGGGUGUCCCAGCACGACUUCAGUAAACUACAAAACCGCAUCACCCGCAGAACACGCAAACACACACGGAGCAGACAGCGACCGCACAGCGACAAACACCCACAGACACACUCAUCACUCCACGCCGACGAGGAACGGAACGGAGGAACGAACCGAAAAAAGCGAGCGCAACGUGCCGCUUCUAGACGCGACUGAACAACCGAGUCACUGCGAACACGCCGACAAUCCGUUGGUCCCAGACAGCACCCUCCCUACACGCCACAACUGAACAAAGCCCAGAGUCACUGUGAACGCCACAAACAAACAAAACCACUCACCCAUCACACUGUUGUGUUUUGUUUAAAGUCCGGGGUGGUUUAUUUGUGAAAAAAAGUUUGAAAAUAGACCAUUUAAUGAUAAUCCAGAGCGCCUAAUAGUGCGGAAAAUACGGUAUUUUAUAAUCUCAUGGACAGAGCUGGAUAAAGACCGCCUGCUCCUCCUGUAGGGGGCGCUGCAGAGGAAUUUAUUAUUAUUGUAUUACCGCAUUUAUAUUAUAGUAUGUUAAUAAUACUUCAGAUGUUUUGCUAUUGUGACCAAUGUACUGUAUUACUGAGAUUAUGGGGCUGUUGUUUCAUUAAAAAGAAAAGUCUGAUCUGACACAAACUGAUAAUGAAAUAGAAAUUAAAGCUAUAUCAAAGUAUUCUCAUAAUAAUGUGAGCGACUGUAUUUUACAUUAUAUUAUAUUUGUAAUAACUUAUUAAUUUUUGCACUGAAACUUUUUAAUGAAGCAAAAUGUAAACCGCAGACGUAUAGGACGCAGUGAGGUAAACAGAGGAGCCCGCAUUUCAAAGUGAUCCGAGCCCUCACAGCUGUCGGGGGUUUGUACUCUGUGUUCAUGACGUGUGCUUUUGUAUCGAUUGGGGCACUUCCUGUGGCUCACGUGAGUUCUACUAACACGACGUGCAUGUGAUCAACUCUCAAUAAAUAAACUUUAUACAUAAA